AUGUAUCAAUCUGGGGAUGUUCCAUCUUUCCCCAAAUUUAUUGGAGCAAUAAAUGAAACAAGUGGCAGUGUCAGUAGUAACACAGCACAACCUGUGAGCAUUCCAGCCCUUCGACUUAUGACAGGUCUCCAAUUCAAGCGGAUCGCGCAGCAAGGUGCGUAUGGACAUGAUCCACGUGGCGUUUGGGCCAGAGACGAGAUUGCGAAAGAUGAAGGCAUGCUAUCAAAUCUCGACGCUGCAACCACUAAAGCCAAAGAGACACAUGAAGCACUCUAUCUGGCAUUGAAGGACCCGCAGAGACAGGUCGCGUCCCGUGCAGCGAUAUGGAAGCUCGCGCUUCCUGCAGACUGGAUGGCGGGCUAUGAAGAUCCGGAGGUCGUGGCAGGGCGGCAGUCUCUUCGAUCCGUGGUGGUGGAUACAUGGUUUUUCGCGAUACACCAGUUCCCAUACACGACAUAG